AUGGAGCGUGAAAUCCCUGACCAGGUAGAGCCAGUGAACCAGCUUAGUGAAGGGGAGCAGAGGAGACACUUUCUUCAUCCUGCAAAUGAGCUGUUUGACUGGGGGGAAAACCUGCUGGUUCUUACUGUUGCCACCAAGCAGACCGAGGGAUUCCAACGCUUUAGAAGAUCAGCCCGAUUCUUCAACUACAAAGUCCAGGUGCUGGGGCUGGAUGAGGAAUGGCAGGGUGGAGAUGACAAGAAGCCAGCAGGAGGUGGGCAGAAGGUCCGUCUCUUGAAAUCAGCUUUGAAGCAGUAUGCGGAUAAGGAAGACUUGAUCAUCCUUUUCGUAGAAAGCUAUGAUGUACUCUUUGCUUCGGGCCCCACAGAACUGCUGAAGAAGUUCAAACAAGCCAAGAGCAAGGUGGUUUUCUCAGCAGAGAACUACAUCUAUCCAGACAGAAAGUUGGAAGCCAAGUAUCCUCAGGUGCGAGAUGGAAAGCGCUUCCUGGGUUCUGGAGGCUUCAUAGGUUAUGCUCCAAACCUGAAGAAGCUUGUGGAGGAGUGGAAGGGACAGGACGAUGACAGUGACCAGCUCUUCUAUACAAAUGUCUUCUUGGAUCCAGAAAAAAGAGAAAGUAUCAACAUCAGUCUAGACCAAAGAAGCCGGAUCUUCCAAAACCUAAAUGGAGCAUUAGAUGAGGUAGUUCUGAAGUUUGAAAACUCAAGAGUGAGAGCAAGAAACUUGUUAUAUGACACUCUGCCUGUGGUGAUUCAUGGAAAUGGACCCACCAAGCUGCAGUUGAACUACCUGGGAAACUACAUUCCUCAAAUAUGGACAUUUGAGACUGGCUGUACUGUGUGUGAUGAAGGUCUGCGAAGCCUCACAGGGUUUAAGGAUGAAGCAUUGCCAAUGGUUCUGAUUGGCAUUUUCAUCGAGCAGCCCACACCAUUCCUCUCCCAGUUUUUCUUGCGGCUUCGUAACCUUCAUUAUCCAAAGCAACGAAUCCAGCUCUUCAUUCACAACAAUGAGCAACAUCACUUGAUGCAGGUGGACUCUUUUGUUAAAGAGCAUGGCAAAGACUAUCUCGCCAUCAAAGUCAUUGGACCAGAUGAUGAGGUGGAGAAUGCUGAGGCGCGUAACUUAGGCAUGGAUUUGUGCAGAAAGGAUCCUGACUGUGACUAUUACUUUAGCCUGGAUGCUGAGAUAGUUCUGAAGAACACAGAGACUCUAAGGAUCCUGAUCGAACAGAACAAGCUGGUGAUUGCCCCACUGGUAAGCCGUCAUGAGAAGCUGUGGUCAAAUUUCUGGGGAGCGCUGAGCCCUGAUGGAUACUAUGCCCGCUCAGAAGAUUAUGUGGAUAUUGUUCAAAGGCGGAGGGUUGGGCUUUGGAACGUUCCCUACAUCAGCAGUGUUUACAUGGUUAAAGCCAAGGCUCUGCGAUCAGAACUUGACCAGGGAGAUCUCUUCCACAGUGGCAAGCUGGAUGCUGACAUGGCUUUCUGCCAUAACGUUCGGAAUCAGGGAGUCUUUAUGUACCUGACAAAUCGGCAUCAGUUUGGACACAUACUGUCCCUGGAGAAUUAUCAGACAACUCACCUCCACAAUGACCUCUGGCAAAUAUUCAGCAAUCCUGAGGACUGGAGGGAAAAGUACAUCCAUGAAAACUACACAGCAGCUCUGAAAGGGAAAUUGGUAGAAACGCCUUGCCCAGAUGUUUACUGGUUCCCCAUAUUCACUGACACUGCCUGUGAUGAGCUGGUGGAAGAAAUGGAACAUUAUGGCCAGUGGUCCACAGGUGACAACACGGACAGCAGAAUACAAGGUGGAUAUGAGAACGUCCCAACUAUUGACAUACACAUGAACCAAAUUGGCUUUGAAAGAGAAUGGUAUAAGUUUCUUCUGGACUAUAUUGCACCCAUCACAGAAAAACUGUACCCAGGAUACUAUACCAAGGCUCAGUUUGAGCUAGCCUUUGUAGUUCGCUACAAACCUGAUGAGCAGCCUUCUUUAAUGCCCCAUCAUGACGCUUCCACCUUUACAAUUAACAUUGCUUUGAACCGAGUUGGAAUAGACUAUGAGGGAGGAGGCUGCCGGUUCCUGCGCUACAAUUGCUCCAUUCGAGCUCCACGGAAAGGGUGGACCCUCAUGCAUCCAGGACGCCUGACCCACUAUCAUGAAGGUCUUCCAACCACCAAAGGAACCCGUUAUAUCGCAGUGUCCUUUCUUGACCCCUAGAGCCGUGCUUCACAGGAAGGACCUUUCCCUGGCCCUGCUCACUGCUGACUUUGAGUGGAAACAGGGAAUGCUGCUGAGAGUUUCUAAGGCAUUGAUCAAAGCUAUUUGGAUAUUGAUUUUUAAUGAUAUUUUAAGACUCCACUACUGGAAGAUCUCCCUCUCCGAUACUGCAGGUAAUAUCUAGGAAUAUUGCUGUAGAAUUUGGAAGGAGAUUUUGUGCCUUCAUUUCUGAUUUCUGCUCCUCAUCUGCUGUUUCUUGGAAACGCGAUUUACUUGAACCUUCACUGAUUGGUUGGCUUUACAAAAAUGCUUUCUUGGACUGGAAAUCCAGGUUUUUGGAGGAUCACAAGCUCUCUCUCCAAGUAGCUGGAAGCCCAUUUUCAUCCACAGCGUACACGGGACCGGACACUAAACAAUAAUUCGUGGAUACUAUUCCAAAUAUAAACCAAUCAGGGAGCUGACUCCAGCAGUCGUAACAGUUAAAUUUCAUACCAGAUGAAACUCAGUAAUAAGAGCCUGAAGAUCAUCUGAUUCCUUACCUCUUUGCAGUCCUUGGAAGCAUAUCACACCGUUCAAAGCAGCAGCAGUGGCAAUACAGGUGCUUCUGGUUAGCUAAAGGAAGGUCCACUAAUGAUACCUCUGGGAUUAGAAUGAAGAGAUAAAAAUAGGUCCCUGGAUGUAUUUAAAAGCUGGGUAGAUGAGGUGCUUAGAGACAUGGUUUAGUAGUGGACAGGUAUGGUUGGACUUGAUGAUCUUAAAGGUCUUUUCCAGCCAAACGAUUCUAUGAAAGUCUCCCUAUCUUCUAUUACUGCAGGUAAAAGAAUACAUACCCAGACAAAUUGAGACUGUGUUGGUAUGCAUAGAUAAAAUGUAGGAAAGAGAAGACAAGAUCAGUCAUGAGAGCUUCACUGCUGAGUUGUUUCUGUUCCAUCUCAUGUUAAGAUUGUUCAAAGCUCUCAUCAACCUCUGGAUAAUGACCCAGAGGUCCCAGUGGUCUUUGUGGCCUCGUUCCAGUUCUCAGAGAUUGUUUUGAUGAUGUUCUUUGCAUCUAAUUUGAAUGGGCCAUCAAAGAGCUGUUCUCUGGUACUAAGGGAAAUCAUUAUUCAGUGUUUCUAUUAUUUGAGAUUCCAAACCAAACUGCUCCGCUGCAGACACUUCUGGGGUCAAGGCUGAUAGAAAUGAGUGAGGCAAGUGCUGAGAGAUUGUGGUGAACUGGUAGGUGUAAAAAUCUGUCUAGACUAGACCCAUGGUUAGAGAGGGAAGAGGGAGAAACCUUUUCUGCUAUUGCCUGUGAGAUACCUGCUCUGCUUAUCAGGCACCGUUGUGCUCUGGGUCUGCCAGACUAGUGUUUCACAAGCAGUAAAUUCACAUCAUGAUUGUCCUUAGGAAAAAGAAAAUCUUCCUCUUAGUUCUCUGUGUCUCCAGCUUCUGCUGCCCAAUUGUCAGGUGUAGAGCCCCUUCAUCUAGGAUCUCACUGAUGCGGGCAGAAUAGCUUUAGACGUGUACAUUCUGACAGGGAACUUUAUACAAUUCGAGUGGACCCGAGGGAAGCAACAGAGCUUUCCCCGCUGCUUUCUGUGCGCUUCUUAGGGCUGUUGCAAGGCUACGCACUCACGCAUGCCCAAGGGAGAAAAAUCCAGGCAGGGACAAUCAGUUUGAAAAGUAAAAACAACAAUAGAUCUUGUUAGGUGAAAUCCAGAACUAUCUGUUACCGAACGAAGGGACGUGGCAGGCCAAUUGUUGAGAAGAUGUCGAAAAGGUGUAUGUAUUUAUAUUUUUUUCACUUAUUUUGUCGUGCCUUUCCUCCGCCCAGUACGGUGAUUGCAGUCAGUCAGCAGCGUCACACGAGAUGUACGGUUUCAGCCGGGGAACUCGCAUUAAACCCGUACCCCACCCUGGCGCCCUCCGUGCCUUUGAUU